UUACCAUUACUGUUAUUUUCUUGUUCCACAGCCGCUACCAGCACCAGAACAAGAAGCCUCACUGAAUCCAGAAGCACAACUGGCCAGGAUGUCCCGCUGGCACUUCGCUUGGCACAGGGGGAGCAUGACUGUGCUGGUCGUGUGGAGCUGUACUACAGAGAAGCAUGGGCCUCAGUAUGUGAUGAUGGUUGGAACACAAUAAAUGCAGUAGUGGUGUGCCGACAGGUGGGUUGUGGCAGCCCUAUACUGCCCCUCACUAGCUAUGGACCGGGCGGUGGGAAUACCAUCCUGGAUGAUGUCAGCUGCAUUGGAACUGAGCAGACACUCUGGCAGUGCCCACAUCGCGGGUGGUAUGUUCAUGACUGUGACCCUGUGGAACAUGUAGGAGUCAUAUGCUCAGCAAAUUCCAGUUUUCCAGUACCUCAGCCUCAGAUGUUUCCUGAGGAGCUGCGCUUAACCAAUGGGUGGCACCGGUGUUCCGGCCGCGUUGAGCUAUAUUACAAUAAUUCAUGGGGCACUGUAUGUGAUGACCUUUGGGACAUCAAUAAUGCAAUGGUUGUGUGUAGACAGCUGGGGUGUGGCACGGCUGUUUCUGCCCCUGGAUUGGCACAGUUUGGUGAAGGAACUGGAAAUAUUGUUUUGGACGACGUACAUUGUGCCGGAUCUGAAUCUGCACUGAGCCAGUGUCUUCAUCGGCCAUGGGGGACUCAUAACUGUGUGCACAGCGAGGAUAGUGGUGUUGUCUGCUCAGCCGCUGGUUCUCAACCAACAAAAGCCCCAGUGUCUCCAGAGAUUCUUCUCACCCUAAGUCUCAUAAAUGGAAGCCAUCGGUGUGAGGGACGUCUUGAAGUAUUGUACCAGGGUGCAUGGGGAACGGUGUGUGAUGACCUAUGGGGUCUGUCCUCAGCUGUGGUGGUGUGCAGGCAUUUGGGCUGCGGACGUGCUCUAGAGGCUCCCACGUUGGCGCAUUUCGGACGUGGAAGUGGAAGCAUUUUGCUGGAUGAUGUGAACUGUAUCGGCACUGAGCCUGUCCUGUGGCAAUGUCCUCACCGGCCAUGGAGAGAUCACAACUGUGACCACAGCGAGGAUGCAAGCGUAGUGUGUGCAUUAGGUUAGUACUACGGGAGGACUUCACUUUGCAACGUGACACUGAGAUGCUGGGUCUCCAGUGGGAGCUGGUCAUAUUUUUGGGAAGAAAUCCAUGGAUACUGAGAAAUAACCACAGCUUAUGUCUAGAACUAUAUUUUUUUGUUCCUAUAUCCAUUUUUACGUAGAUAAAUAGACAAACCAAAACAGACAGCAAAAAGUAAUUGUAAUCCACGUGACCUUCAUCAUCAUCACCUCCAUAAUCUUCAGUUUGUCUACACACAUCUAUAGGCCGGGUUCACACACAGUAUUUUGGUGAGUCUUUAUAACCAAAACUAGGAGUGGAUCCAAAAUACAAAAAAAGUGCCAAUCUUCCCAUUCUAGUUUUUUCUGCAUUGGUUCUACACUUGGUCUUGGCUAAAAAUACUGACCAGAAUAUUAUGAAUCCGACCUAAGAUAAAUUUGUAUUUGCGAUGUCUUUUCUUUAUAUAAAAUAAAAGCAGACUUUUUGCA